AUGCAGAUUGAGCUUAAUAAAAUAUUCAAGUGCAUGGCUUUGUGCAAACAAGUUGACACUGAAUAUUUUAAAGACCGAUUUCAUGGUUAUUGCUUCUCGACAAAAGCUAGCGGCCUUGGGAGACUCAAUAACAUUGUCAGUAAACGGUGUUUCAUUAAGCCAAGUUCGUUCGGUGAAAUCCUUAGGAGUAAACAUAGACGAAAACUUAACUUGGGAAAACCAUGUGGAGAGUAUUCGCUUAAAAGUAUCCCGUAAUAUUGCUACUUUGAGGCGAUUAAAGCCCAUUUUAACACAAAAAACCUAGUAUCACCCCAUCGGGCAAUAAUUGAACCAUAUUUCAUUUAUUGCUCUAUAGUUUGGGACAGCCUUGGUCAAACAUUAGACAAGUCUCUACAAAUUUUACAAAAUAGAGCUGCCUGUGUGAUAACUGGGGCACAUUUCUCAACAUCAUCCUCAAAACUCUUAAAAGAACUUGGCUGGAUGAAUAUCCAGGAAAUGAGGUAUAAACAAAAGGCUAUGAUGAUGUAUAGAAUAGUAAAUGGGCAUUACCAUCUUAUUUAAUAGACAUAUUUAAACAUUGUCAUGCUUUGGAUAUAUAUAAUCUCAGAAGGUCUAAAAUAACCUUCGAACUUCCAAAAAGUCGAACACUGUAUUACAAUUCAAGUUUUGCCUUCACUGGUGCUAAAUUAUGGAAUUCUCUUCCGGAUGAGAUAAAAGACGCACCAUCACUUAAAAUAUUUGUAAAAAUGUUAGAUUCGACUAUAUUCUGUGCCAACUAGAAUAUGUUUUCUGUAUAGUUUUAUAUUGAAAUAUUAAGAUACACGGCUUUUAGGAAGAUAUAAGCAUAUCAGGUAUCAGUGAUGGGAUCAAAACAAAAACGCUCCGUGAAAGAGUUAAAUAAUUCUUUAACUAGUACUCCAAUUAAACCAAAAAGUAAACAACAGAAGAUGGAAAACCUAAACGAAAGUGAAAUUGUGAAAAUAAUCGGUGAAAUGAGUGAAAAAUUGAAUAAACUCGAUAAGCUUGACCUAAUCGAGACACGACUCAACAGCAUUGACACGGACAUCAAGGAUCUAAAACACUCGCUGACUUAUCAACAGGAGGUGGUGGCCGAAGUACAAUCUGUACAAGCAGUACAAGAAAAUAAAUUAAAAGUAAUAGAGGAAAAGGUCGGAAGGAUCGAAGAAGAGAAGGCAAAAUUGGAAGGGAAAUUAUUGAUAUGAGAGCGCAUUCCAUGAGAAGUAAUCUGAUAUUUUACAAUAUUAGAGAAGAAAAUACACCAAAUGAGAAGGAAGAGGUUGAAAACAAAAUUAAAAGUCUAUUGAGGGACAAGGAACUUGAUAGUGAAACAGAAAAAAUUGAGAUUGAACGGGCUCAUCGGCUUGGCAGAAAUAGAAAUGGAACGAAACCGAGACCAAUUGUUGUAAAAUUCUUGAGAUUCCAGGACAAAGAGAUGAUUAAGCGGAAUGCAUACAAGUUUAAAGAUAUCGGUGUUGGAAUCAGUGACCAAUUUCCCAAAGAGAUCCAAGAAGAAAGAAAGAAGCUCUACCCGGUGUUCAAGGAUGCAAGAUCUAAGGGACAUAAGGCAUUUUUAGUCAAAGAUAAACUGUUUAUCAAUGGACAAAUUUAUGGAAGAUAA